AUGAACGUUUUGAGCGACUCCAGGCUCCGAGCCCCUCCGGAAGCCCACCGCGCCCCGGCGCCGGACCUACCCUCCGGCCCCUCUGCGUUGGUCUCCCGUCUCCGCACGGCAACGGGGGCUUCCGCCAGAGGGGGCUCCUCCAAGGCGGGCCGGGAACUAAGCGCCAAGGAGCAGCAGGAGCUGCGCAGGAAGAUCAACAGCCGCGAGAGGAAGAGGAUGCAGGACCUCAACGUGGCCAUGGACGCCCUGAGGGAGGUCAUGGUCCCCUACGCCUCCUCCGCCCCCUCCUCGGCACCUCCUCGCCUGGCGGGCGCUCCUCCCGGACGCCGGCUCUCCAAGAUCUCCACGCUGGUGCUGGCGCGCAACUACAUCCUGCUCCUGGGCUCGUCGCUGCAGGAGAUGCGUCGGCUCCUGGGCGAGCUCGGCGCGGGGCCCGGCCCUCGGCUGCUGCUGACCGGGGGCUGGCCCCUCGUCUCGGGCCCCGGGCGGCUACUCCUGGCCCGGGAGCCCUUCGCAGGCUCGAGAGCCUCUCCCCCUCUGCCCGGCGUCCUCAAGUGUGUACCCCCACUGUCCCCCGGGCCCCCGGAAAGCCCGCUGACCCCCGCGCGGUGGGGCUUGGGGCCUCCCCUGGGGUCAUGCUUGCCCCCCUGCCCGUGCGUGGCCUGCGGGCUGCCCAGGUUUGUCCAGCCGGCCCCGCCUGCCAGGUUCCCCAAGUGA